AUGACUUCCUACAUGUAUUACCCAACCUACACGGCUCCCGGCCCAGCCCCUGUCGCUCCUCCGCGUCAGCCGCUCCACGGCCACUCCCAAUCCAUGGGAGCCCCUGCAAUGAACAACUAUGGUUACUAUCAACCACCACAGUCUAUGCAGGGUUACUACCAGCCUCAUCCCCAGCAACCAUAUGCUCACCAGCAUUCUGCUAGUUACCAAAUGGUAUUGCCUCCGCCUGGCAUGGGCUACAUGGGACCCACUGGAGCUGCACCUCCAGCCCUUAUGCUACCGCAACUGCAACAACCUUUCCAGCAUUUGAUGCCCCAGCCACAACCUCAAGCCCAGCCACAGCCUCACCAAGACCAAGUGAACGGUGGUGUCCGUGAAUUUCUGGACUAUGAUCUGGAUUUGAUGUCGGACUUUGUUGUGAAAAACGCAUAUUUGGUGUUUGAUAACGACGACGCUCUUAACGUCGAGUCCUCCAGCGUUUUGGACAUUUUCAAGAAAGGCGUCAGUUCUGUGUUGAAUGCCACUAGGCUACCUUCCGUUACGGUUUUCAUGGCUUUGGACUUCUUAUGCAAAUACGUUUCUAAGUUUCCAAACGGAGUUGAAGCGCUUGGGGGUGAUUCGGUUAACGUUAUUUACCAAAACUUAAUGGUGGCCUUCGUCUUGGCUAAUAAGUUUAAUGACGACAAAACCUUCACCAACAAGUCAUGGUCUCAUGCUACCGGUAUGGAUCUGGCCACAGUGAACCAGUAUGAAAGGGACUGGCUUGCAACUUUUGAAUGGAAGCUAUUCGACGACAAUUUUAUUUUGUUCGACGACUACAUGAAGACUUUUGAACAAUUCUGCGAAGAGAGAAGAGCGCCCGUCGCCUACAACUCUUAUGGCAUUCCUCCUCUUUCGACCCCUCUCACGCAAAACAACGAAUAUUCACCAAGUCACCAUGGCUGCUCUGGUUUCCAAACCCCUGUUCAAGCUCCUCCUGCAGUCUACUCGUCGCCUUGUCGUACGGAUAAAAGAAGUGGUACAAAUAAUUACUUUUACCAGCCUUCUUUUGCGUCUCCUAUCCCAGGCGAUAGCCCUUUGUCGAAGAACCACGGCACCAGUUACAAUUACUACAGCGCUCCAUUGCAAGCCCCAUCACUAGCCCCGAUUUGGGGCGGUCAACCUGAAGAUUUUUUUGCUCAACCACAAUUUGAUCUAUCGAGCAAACCAUUCUUUUGCUACUCACAGUGA